CUUGCAUCGAAGAUGAGAGUUGUCAUCGUUGCUUUCGCUUUGGCUUCCAGAUCGUGUCUGCUGGUUUCGUGACGACGUCUGGUACGGCAUUUGAAGUGGACGGCAAGCCGUUCUACAUCUUUGGCACGAAUGCGUACUGGGCUUCUGAGAUCGACUGGAGCGAGAAGGACCUGUCCACCAUUUUUAAGUCGAUGAUCUCCAGCGACAUCACUGUUUGCCGCACGAUGGGUUUCGCUGAUUUGACGACUGUCGGCACGGCCCCCUACAACAUCGUGUACCAGUUGUGGGAGAACGGCAAAGCUAGCAUCAAUACCAAGGACAACGGCCUCGGCUACUUUGAUAAAGUCGUCGCUGCAGCUAAAGCAGCAGGUGUAAAACUUGUCGUGCCGUUAGUGAACAAUUGGUCGGAUUACGGCGGCAUGGAUGUGUAUGUGAAGCAGCUGGGAGGCAAAUAUCACGACGAUUUCUCCACGGACGAGACGAUCAAAGCGGCGUACAAGAAGUACGUCGCCACAUUCGUCAAUCGCUACAAGAAGGAAGAUACAAUUAUGAGUUGGGAGCUCUGCAACGAAUGUCGCUGUGCCGGUUCCGGUGGAGGCUUGGCUGAGUCAGGAAAUUGUACGACAAAGACUAUCAAUGCCUGGAUGACGGAGAUGUCGGCGUACAUCAAGAGUUUGGAUUCGAAUCACCUUGUGGCUACGAGGAGUGAGGGUUUCCUAAACACAGACAGCAGCGUAUAUCUGUACUCUGGGCUCUCGGGUGUCGAUUUCGAUGCCAACCUCGACUACGGAGCUUAUCACACUUAUCCGGACGGCUGGGGUGUAGACGCCAAUGAUUUUGUGGCGUGGGGUGAGAAAUGGAUCAAAGAUCACGCCACCUCUGGCAAAAAGGCUGGCAAACCCGUCGUCAUGGAGAAGUAUGGAGUGAAAAGUCACAACACCAGCGUGUACGAGGCCUGGAGCGACGCUGUGUACGCGGCAGGCUCGAGUAUGCAGUACUGGGAGUUUGGACUCGAGUCGCUCAAGACGUUCCGUGGCGAGUACACUAUCUACGACACGGACGAGAUUUUCAAGAGCGCGAUCGUUCCUGCUGCCAAGAAAUUUAAGGUACGCGCGUAG